CCGUGUCUUUUUUCAGGCCCAGAGUGCCAUGACAGCACAAGUAUGCAUCUGCAUCUGGUUGGUCUGGGCAUCAGUCUUGGACUACAUUCAUGGCCAAGGGACCAGCCGACUGAGGCUGACUGUGCUGUCUGAAGACCGGCUCCAGAUGAAGUGGAAGGAAUCAGAAGGAAAUACCAAUGGCUACAAAGUUCAAGUAAAGCCCAUGGCAGGGGACUCAGAACAGGAAGUAAUGCUGACUACCAAGACACCUAAAGUCACUGUGGUUGGAUUGAGCCCCACCAAGGAAUACACACUCCAAAUAUUUGCACUCAGUGGCUCCCGUGAUACUCUGCUGGCCAGGAGGAGGUUUGUGAUUGAGGAUUUGAAGAGCAUCUCCUUGGGCAGGAACAGCCGGAAACAAUCAGGGGAAACCCUGGAGUCCAUUUCCUCUUCAGUGGGAAAUAAUGAAUUCGAACAGGUUCCUGAGCUUGAAGCAACUUCACCAACUUGGAGUGAAGUCUCUCCCACUUUAGGUCCCCAGUUCCAUUGUGACACCUCCAUUCCUGUGGAUAUGGUAUUCCUGGUGGAUGGGUCCUGGAGUAUUGGGCGAAGUAACUUCAGACUCAUCAGAGAAUUCCUGGCCAAUAUCAUUUCUCCUUUUCACAUUGCCCAAGAUAAAGUCCGAAUUGGUUUAUCCCAAUAUAGUGGAGAUCCCCGGACUGAAUGGGACCUUAAUUCAUUCAAUACCAAGGAUGAAGUUCUAGAGGCUGUGAGAAAUCUCCGUUACAAGGGUGGUAACACUUUCACAGGUCUUGCACUGACUCAUGUACUAGAGCAGAAUCUGAAGCUGGAAGCCGGGUCUCGCUCAGAGGCAGUUAAAGUAGUGAUUCUUCUUACUGAUGGCAAGUCCCAGGAUGAUGCCCGACUUGCUGCUCAAGUUCUGAAAGAUCUAGGCAUGGAUAUCUUUGCCAUUGGAGUGAAGAAUGCUGAUGAAUCUGAGCUGAUGCACCUGGCCUCCCUACCCCUGGAUGUCACAGUUCACAAUGUCCAGGAUUUUCCUCUCCUUGGCAACCUGACCAACAGGCUCAUCCGACUCCUUUGCUGGAAGAUCCAAGAGAGAAGUCGGAGCAGGGACAUAGGUAUGCAGGCUAAUAGAUGGCCCCACCCAAGCCCCACGAAUUUGAUUGCAUCGGAGGUGACAGCCACGGGGCUCCGCCUGGCCUGGACCCCUCCUCUGGAGCCUGCCAGGAAGUUCAGGAUUGUGUAUCAUCCCUCUAGAGGUGGCACACCCAGGGAGGUCACAGUGGAGGGGGCUACUUCAUCUGCCCAGCUGCUGAAUUUGACCUCCAAUACAGAGUAUUUGAUUACAGUGUUUCCUGUCUAUAAGGAUGGUGUUGGAGAGGGACUCCAGGAUAUUGUGACUACACUACCUCUAUCUCCACCAAGUUCAUUGACCAUCUUCAGUGUGACCCACAGUAGUAUCCACUUGACCUGGAAGCCCACAAAUAAAGCUACUCAAUACCUGGUUCACUGCAUUUCAUCAGCUUCCUCUAGAGAGCAGGAGGUAGAGGAGGAAGAGGAAGGUGGGAAAGAGGUGAGAGUGGGGGAUCCUGAGGUUCUGCUGGAAGGUCUGGCUCCUGGCACAGAAUAUAGCAUUGCUGUGUAUACUCUCUUGGGGGAGGAAGUCAGUGAACCCCAGAGCAUCCGAGUCAAGACCUUGUCUUUGGAUCUCCCCAAACGUCUGAGCUUCUCUGAAGUCAGCCACAGCUCUGUUCGAGUUCAUUGGGAGGCAUCAUCACGGGGGAUACGCCUCUACCAUGUAUCCUAUGUCUCCCUGGAAGGGAACCAAGCUGGAGAGAUAGAUGUCUCCAGGAAUGCCUCUUCUGUCAAGCUGGCCCCAUUAUCCUCCUCCACCUCAUAUAUUGUCAGUGUUACAACGAUCUACAGAGAGGGUGAUUCCUCCACGCUCACUGGACGAGUGACCACACGAAAAGUCCCAGCCCCAAGUCACUUAAAAGUAACCGAACUGCCAGGGGAUGAUGUCCGGCUGGAGUGGGCUGCUGCGGCAGCUGUUGGCGUGGUGGUCUAUCAGAUCAAAUGGAUGCCCUUGGGUGAAGGAAAAGCUUAUGAGAUUUCAGUCCCGGGGAAUCUAGGAACUGCCACUUUGCCUGGUCUAGGGAAGCAUGCAGAAUAUGAGAUCUCCAUCUUAGCCUAUUACAGAGAUGGGGCCCGCAGUGACACAGUAUCCCUCCGAUAUACUCCAAUGAGCAGGAAUCCGCCCUUGAACCUUGUGCUAGCCUCAGAGACCCCCAGCAGCCUUCGGAUCCUCUGGACACCCCCUAAUGACAACGUUCUGCACUACCGACUCACCUAUGCCCUGGCUUCUGGCUCUGGCCCUGAGAAAACCAUAAUCAUUCCUGGCCUAGAGAACCACGUGACGCUUCCUCUCCUGCUUCCUGGCACCAAGUACAAGGUUAUGGUUUCAGCUGUCUAUAGUCUGGGUGAGAGCAAUGUCAUCUCUGCCAUAGGAAGGACCGCGGCUUGCCCGGGUCUUCAUGCCAACAGCUCUUUACCAGGCUUUGACAUGAUGGAGGCUUUUGGCCUAGUGGAAAAGGAGUAUGCAUCCAUCAAAGGGGUCUCAAUGGAGCCCUCUGUCUUCAGUGGCAUUCGUACAUAUACGCUAUUCAGGGAUGUUCAGCUGAUGCGGCGAGCCAGUGAAAUCCAUCCGGCUGCCCUCCCCCCUGAGCACACCAUCAGCUUUCUCCUCCGUGUUCUCCCAGAGACACCUAGGGAGCCUUUUGCACUGUGGCAGAUCACUGAUGAGACCUUCGAACCCCUUCUUGGAGUCACCCUUGAUGCUGGCAGAAAGUCUUUGACCUAUUUCAAUCGUGACCACAAGGCUGAGUUGCAAGAAGUCACAUUUGAUUUUCAAGAAGUGAAGAAGAUAUUUUAUGGGAGUUUCCACAAGGUACAUGUGGCAGUCAGUCGCACCAAGGUCAAGCUCUAUGUUGAUUGUCGGAAGGUCACAGAGAGGCUGAUCAAUGAGGCGGGGAGCCCAUCCACUGCAGGAUUUGUCAUCCUGGGGAAACUAACCAAAACCAGAGGACCCCGGAGUGGCUCGGCCACUUUUCAGCUCCAGGCCCUGCAGAUUGUUUGCAGUGAUACCUGGGCGGAGGAGGACAGAUGCUGUGAGGUCCCUGCACUGAGAGAUGCAGAAACCUGCCCUGCCCUGCCUUCUGCCUGUACUUGCUCUUUAGAUCAGCCUGGCCCUCCAGGGCCUCCAGGGCCCCCUGGUACCCCAGGGAGAAGAGGCAUUCAGGGGGAGCAAGGAACUCCAGGACCGAAAGGAGAACCAGGUCCACCUGGACAGACAGGACCAGAGGGCCCUGGAGGCCAGCAGGGAUCACCAGGGACUCAGGGUCUUACCAUUCAGGGACCAGUGGGUCCACCAGGGGUCAAAGGUGAGAAGGGGGACAUUGGACAUCCAGGCUUACAGGGCCACCCUGGCCAUCAGGGACCACCUGGGAGACACGGCCUCCAAGGUCCAAAGGGGAUGAGGGGAUUUGAAGGUACAGCUGGUUUUCCAGGACCUCCUGGCCCAAGGGGCUUUCAGGGAAUAGCUGGCGCCAGAGGCAUCAAUGGGGAGAAGGGCCCCCCUGGAGACGUGGGACCCACUGGACUUCCUGGACCCAAAGGAGAGCGAGGAGAGAAAGGAGAACCUCAGUCCCUUGCCACCAUUUACCAGCUGGCCAGCCAGGCCUGUGAGGAAUUCAUUCAGACUCAUGUGUUGAAAUUUGAUCCAUUUCUUCAUGAGAACACCAGGCCCCCGGUGCCUGUCUGGGAGGAGGCAGGAGAGCCAGGCUUACCUGCUCUUUCUAGUCUUCCUGGCCAGAAAGAAGACAGAGGACAGGAUGGAUUCCCUAGAGAGCCUGGGAGAGAGGGAUAUCCAGGUGGACUAGGAGCCAAAGAGCAGAACAGUCCCGAUUUAUCAGUACAAGGACCUCCUGGACUCCACGGAAGGGCAGGUCAAUCAGGGGAAGAUCUGCUGGGAAAAUUGGGAUCUCAGGAUUCUACAGGAUCUUCGAGAUUUUCAGGGGUUGCAAGCCAAGCUGGAAAAUCUGUUUCCUCAGAGGACUGUGAACCCUCGGGAUGUCUCCUAGAGAGACCAAGAGAUUUGGACUUGAUUCCCUGAUCCUGGCUGAAGGCUGGACCCUGAGCAGGUUCUCAGUAACCCACAGUGAUUUGGUUCCUGCUUGACCUGUUGGUUUCAUCCACCUUUGUCCAUAUUUGAUGCAUUUAGAUUAAUAGGGUAUUUAAUGGUUUAAUGACAACAGUUGUAGGAGAAUCUAGAGAGAUUGGGAAAAUGUCAUGAGGAGCCUGUAGAUGGAAUGAGGGGGAAGUACACAGUCAAUAAGAAAUUUCCCCCUCUCCUUAGCCCUAUAGCUUUAAGCAAGGUUAUUUGUGCUAGUUAUGGGAAAGGGAAAGGGAUGUGAGUGGAGAGAGUCCUGCUCCCGGUUUGCCUUCUAUAAGAGCCUUACAAUGUUCCUGCCAUUGUAUUCUGCUUCUAUCUAGCUUGGAAUCAGCAUAUCUUGUUCCCAUAAAUUUUCUUCAGAAAUCUGUUUUUAGCUUCUGUUGGCUCUGGGGCUGGACAAAGACCAAAUCGUUGUUACUCAAUUGAAUUUAUUUUCAGUUAUUUUCUUUGAAAGAUCUUAUUCCUUUGUGCUACACAUUUAAUGGCUAAUAACAUUACUGGGAGCCUGAUGAAAUGACUAAAUGGCCAGAGGGAAAAGGAUGUAAUCAGGAUACUUAGAUGAUGGGAGUAUGGGAAUCUUUCAUGGGAUGUUUGGGUAAGACUAGAAGAUUAAGCAUCUUGACAUUUAUAAUUGGUUUAUUUCGAUUCAGUGUAAUGUAGGAACUUAAGGAACAUUCUAUGUGUAAAGAAUUACAUAUUAAAAUAUAUGAUUUCAAGUCAUCAAGAAAAUACUUUUAUACUUGACCCUCAGCUGAAGAGCUUUGUAGAUGAUUCCAUCUCUCUUCCAUAGCUGCUUUUAUCUCAAACUCUUUUCCUCUUUUUCUUGGAAGUUGUCAACCUUUGUGAUGGCCUUCAACCUGGACUGAGUCCAGUACUUUAGGGGCAAGUCUCUGCAUAACUGAUUUUAAUAGAAAGGCAGCUCUGCUCUAAUAGGGAGAGCCUUGAUCAAAAUACGAAGAGAUAUAAGAUUUUAAAUACUAGCUCUUCCAUUAAUGAGCUGAGUGACCCCAGGCAAAUCACUCUGCCUCAGAGUCUCAUUUUCCUCACCUCUAACUUGAGAGGCAAAUUCUAAAUCAGCGGUAUCACACUCCAGUAAAAAUGAUUAUUAGCAUUUCUUGUAUCCACAUAAGGAUCACACAUAUCACACAUAAAGGGCUGCGUUUGGGCUUAGAAAACCCCAUAUUAACAUCAUCUAUUGUAUUUUUAUUUGGUUAGGUAAAUAUUUUUCAAUUACAGUUUAAUCUGGUAGGAAGCAUACAAAUUGCAGGCAGCAGAUGUAUGUUUGACAUCUAUGCCCUAAAACAAACAAACAAACAACAACAAAACAUUAAAAGCAUUUCUAGUUUUAAAACCCAAUGAUUCUAUAACAUAGAACCAGAAGUUUCAAGGCUGGUUGUCAGGUCUAAGGUUGGAAAGAAUUGAGUGUAUGUGUUCAUGAUAAGCAGGUAAUUUUAGAAUUACUGUGACAUAGUGGAUAGAGUUCUGGACUUGGGCUAUUCAAACCCUUUCUCGUAUUCCUACUGGCUAGGAGACUCUGAGCAAGUCACAACCUCCCUGAGCCUCCCUUUUCCCAUCUGUAAAGUGGGGAGACUGGACAUAUGAGUUCUAAAGUCCAUUCUAGUUCUAAAUAGACUUUCUUAUCCAAAAUAUAAAGAGCAAAUUCUCUCUUUAAUAUAGGAAAGAUAACAUAAUGCUUGAUCUCAAUUAAUUUUAUUCAACCAGCAUUAGCAUAACAUAUCCUUGUUCAGUGUUACGGAGAUGAUAGACUGAAGACAUAUAACAUCAAUCUAGGUCCAACAUGGGUUGCCUGGAAGAGGGAAAGAAGCUUAUUUAUUAAGCAUUUAAAAUUUAUUAUUAUUUAUUAUUAAGCAACUAUAAAACUUAUCACUUUACAAAUGUUCUCUUGUUUGUUACCCUGGGAAGUAAGUGCUAUUAUGAGCACUUUCACAGUUGAGAAGACUAGGUCAGGUAGCUUGUAAAUGUCUGAGGCUUGAUUUGAACUCCGGUCUUCUUGGUUUGCUAGUGCUCUAUCCACUGAGCCACCUUGCUGCCUCAUGGUCAUGCAUACUUUCAAAAAAAGAGUUUCUCCUUAGUAUCCUCUCUUCACCAAUGAUAAGUAUUUAUUAGGUACUUGCUAUGUUCCAGGCCCUGCUUUAGGUGCUAGAGACACAAAAACAAAAAGAGGUAAUUUACCCUCAGGGAGCUUAUAUUCUAUUCUCUUGUGUCUUGAUUCUUUACAUUGUGGAAAGUCAAAUAAUUUGGAUUUCAAUUCAUAUUUGGUGAAAAGUGAUUCCUCACUCUAUUGUCCCUCUGUUCCCCAGGGUAGAAUCUGAAGGGGGAGAGACUGGAGUGAUCUGGAAGGUUUCGGCUUCCCCAGUCAAAUGGAAUAAUUUCUCAGUAGAGCUCUUUGGAUCCAGCAAUGUAAAAAAAAUGCCCUAUUGUUAUUCUCUUCAUGUCCUCGAACAUAAAUUAUGUUUCAGGUGAAGGGGGACUCAGGAGGUAAAAUGAGGACAGGGAGGAGGAAAAACAUUAAAAAAAAAAAAGGCAAAGUGCUCCUGGGUGAUUACACAAGCCCAAGUAGGGAUCUGCAGAGAAGCUUGAUGUGCACCUGCUUCUGGGUAGCCUUGUUAGAUCAAAAGCAAACCCUUCUCACCUA